UUACUACAUCAGAUCAGGCUGCUGAUGCCCCCUUUACAUAGAGGGGUCUGGCUUGGAUAGACACGCAUGCGUUCAGCUACUGGCGUCAGCCGAGGCUGCAGUUUUUUUUCAUUUUUUUUUUCCUCUCUCUCCGUCUUAAUCAGGUCGGGAGCAGAGAGGGGGGAAAGGAGAGAGGAGAAAAGCCAGGUAUGGAGAAAACCUAACCCCAUAAGCAGAGGAGAGGAGAGAUUUCGCUACAUUAGGCACCAGGAUCGGUGUAAAUAAGAGAGGGCAAGGAAAUGGCCAUUCACUCCCAUUUGCAAAUUUCUGGGUUGGUGUGUGCCGGGUUUUAAAUACAAUUGGAUCCGGGCUGUCAGCAACACUUGAGAGGGGAGGUGGGGGUGAGAAUCACAAUAACUGAAGGAGGAGUGAUGCCCACAGAAAGGGAGAGAGGGGUAGCCGGUGUGUUUUUGCAAGGCUGCUCGGCGGAGACUGCAGGAUCUUAAGAGGAUCACGGCGGGGAUGGAGACGGUCAAUGGGAGCCCUGAGAUCCAGCAGCAGCAGUGCGUGGAGAAGAAGCGGCUGAACAGAGCUCCUUCCCCGGCCAGACCCCUGAAGGAUCUUCACUGCCGAGCGUCCUCCGCUGCCAAGCUCUGCCUGCCCCCCAAACCCGGGGUGUUACCGCCGCCUUCGUCCCCGACCCUUCCUCUCUCCAAACCUCAGCUGCAGCCCCCACAUCAGCAACACGUCCCCGGGUUGCUGCUAGCUGCUCACGGCCGACUCACCAGGAGGAGCGGAGUCCUGGGGGGCGGUAAGGACAAAACCUCGGCCGGGGGGAAAGCGGGUGUCCCCUCUGCCAAGUCUCCCCUGUCCGCCCCCCACUUAGCCAAGAGGCUCUCCAGCUCCAAGGGACACCAGGAGAAAGGCAGACACCACCAUCAGGAACAGCAGCACCAGCUCAGAAAAGUCAAGAAAUGCCUCCUGAUCGAGCCCAGCCCUGGGCUGUCAUCAACGACAGCGACCCAGGCUCCGUCCCCCUCUCCCCUCGCCAAGACCAGCCAUACCGAUAGCAGCUCCGAUCUGUCCGACUGCGCUUCCGAGCCUCUGUCCGACGAGCAGCGCCCGGCCCCCGGGGAGCUGGCCACCACCAGCGACGCCGAGUCCGGUACCGGCUCCAGCGACGCCGAGAGCGGGAGGAGAUGCCGAGAGAGCCAGCAGCAGCAGGCAGCCGGCGGAGCGCCGCUUACCCCCGAGCAGCAGCAGCGCCGGUCCCCGGCUCAAGGCAGCAAUGCCACUGAUGGAGAGCACGGGCCCGGGGCCGCCAAAGCCAGGCAAGAGUCGCGGGCUGGCAAGUUCUCCAGUCCGGCCGCUGAGGCUCAGGAAAGCGCUGGGAGGUCGCUGCACCAGGAGCUGCUCAGAGAGAUUGAGGAGCUCCGCUCGGAAAACGACUAUCUUAAGGAUGAGCUGGACGAGCUGCGGUCAGAAAUGGAAGAAAUGAGAGAUAGCUAUCUGGAGGAGGAUGUAUACCAGCUGCAGGAACUCCGCAGAGAGUUGGAUCGAGCCAACAAGAACUGCCGCAUCCUGCAGUACCGCCUCAGGAAAGCUGAGCAGAAAAGCCUGAAAGUUGCUCAGACUGGCCAGGUUGAUGGUGAGCUGAUAAGGAACCUGGAGCAAGAUUUGAAGGUUGCAAAAGAUGUGUCUGUGCGCCUGCACCACGAGCUGGAGAGUGUGGAGGAGAAGCGCGUCACUGUGGAAGAUGAGAACGAGUCCCUGCGGCAGAGACUAAUCGAAGUAGAAAUCUCCAAGCAAACCCUGCAGAACGAGCUGGACAGGAUCAAAGAGAGCUCCUUGAAGAGAAGAGGAAGCCGAGAGUUUUACAAAGAUAAGAAGGGUGCCACUCAGGAGGAUAGCGCUGACCUCAGGUGCCAGCUCCAGUUUGCGAAGGAGGAAGGCUCUUUGAUGCGCAAGAAGAUGGCAAAACUGGGAAGGGAGAAGGAUGAAUUGGAGCAUGAACUGCAGAAGUAUAAGUCCCUGUAUGGGGAUGUGGACAGCCCACUCCCUACUGGUGAGGCCGGAGGACCUCCCAGCACUAGAGAGGCCGAGCUCAAACUGCGCCUGAAACUGGUGGAGGAAGAGGCCAACAUCCUGGGCAGGAAGAUUGUGGAGCUGGAAGUGGAGAACAGAGGCCUCAAAGCCGAGAUGGACGACAUGAAGUGCCAGCACGAAAGGGAGUGUCCAGGCCGGGAACACAUCCCGAGCAUUCCUGCCUCGCCACACGGCGACUCACUGGAGUCAGCAGCCGAGCUCCGGAGGCACCUGCAGUUUGUGGAGGAGGAGGCGGAGCUUCUGCGCCGCUCCAUCAGCGAGAUCGAAGACCACAACCGGCAGCUCACCCAUGAGAUCAGCGUGCUGAGGCGCGGCCCCGGCCAGGAACCUGCUUGGCUGGAGGAGAAACCGGGAGUCUCCCUUCAGGAGGAGCUGAAAGCAGCCCGGCUGCAGGUCAAUGAGCUGAGCGGCAAGGUGAUGAAGCUCCAGUACGAGAACCGGGUGCUCAUCUCCAACGUGCAGCGCUAUGACCUGGCGUCGCACCUCGGCCUCCGCACGGCCAGCCCCAGGGACAGCGACGCCGACAGUGACCCGGGCAAGAAGGAGAGUGACGGCGAGGAGAGCCGAGGCCCGCCCCAGCCCAAGAGGGAGGGCCCCAUCGGUGGCGAGAGUGAUUCGGAAGAGGUGUGCGAGAAAACGCCGGGCAAGCCACCAGAGGUGGUUGACAUCUGCACCUUGGAGCUGCUGAGGAAGAGGGAAGACACGGAGUCGCUCAUCAGCAUCAAAAGGGAGGCCGAGCGCCUGGGCAGGACGGUCGACCGCCUGAUUACAGACACCAACAGCCUCAUCUACGACGCCAAGCUGCUGGUGACCAGUGCUGCCUCAGACCAAGGCUUCAGCGAAGACGGGGAGAGAAGCAGCAGCAGCAGAAACCAGCCUGAGCUUCUGGACACCAUCAACACCAGGAUGAAGGCGUUCCGCUCCGAGUUGCACACCUUCAUGGAGAAAGUUGACCAUCUCGGGGAAGGGCUGAGGGAACAAAUGGAUGACCUGUCGCCCUUGCCCCAUCUGACAGAGUCUGGAAGCUUCCUGUCAUCUGUGACUUCUAUGUCUCGCGACUCUCCUGUCGGAACUCUGGGGAAGGAGCUCAUCGCUGACUUCCAGUCCAAACUGAGGGACCAGCCCGAAUGGCAGCUUGUCCCCAGUCACAAAGAACAGGAAGAGACCCUUCAGACCCGAGGCACGAUGGACCAAAUCCGCAAAGCUGAUGGAGACUACAAAAUGUACAGGACAGAAGACGAGAGCUGCUUCAGUACAGAGCUCAGGGAAUCCCAUGUUUUACCAGACCAGGAUCUAUCUGUUCAGGAGCUGCAAGUUCGUCUGGAACAGGAAAGGCAGCUUCGGGAGGACGAAAACGAAAAAUUCACCAGCAAGAUCAUUCAGAUUGAAGAGGAAAACCAGAAGAACUUGCGGAGGAAAGACUUUGAAGUACAGAGCCUGAACUUGCAGAACAGACUGGAGCAGAAGUCAUGGAGUCACGAAAGGGCUCUGCUACUGCAGGAGAUGAGAAUGUUCAAGGAGAGCACUUACUUGUUCUAUGUUAAACUUAAGUGGCUGCUCAAACACUGGAGGCAAGGCAAGAAGAUGGAGUACAGUGGAGAGGACAUCUUGGAGAUUGAAAACCUGCCUGAAUUGAACCUGCUCCUUGCGCCGAAAGAGCUGGAUGCUGAUCAGGAGGACAGUGGGUGCGGGCUGACAGAAUACUCCCAGCUUUCCUGCCCCGAGACCGAUGAUCAUAGACCGCAGCUACAAACAAAAGAGUUACUCCAACACCAGAAGCAGGCCAGAGAAAACCGAAGGAUUCUGAUAGCUCUGAAGUCUGUUUUGGAGGAGUUUGGUGCUGAGCUUGGUGAUGAGGAGAAACAUCGCAAUCAGCUACAGCAGCAGUAUGCUAAUGAGAAAGCUGCUUGGGAAAUGGAAUACGCCGAGCAAAAGUGUCAACUUGCCCAGUUUGAAGAGAGGAUCGGGAAGCAGUCCACCAGCAAAGGUUCUGUCGAUCCCAAGGAAGUGUUCAAGCAGGAGAGGGAUGAGCACCGGAAACUAUUGGCCGACAGUCACAGUCAGCUGAUGGAUCUCCACUGGCAACUCCAAAACUCGGAAAAGAACUGGAAGCACGAGAAGGUGGAGCUGCUGGACAGGUUUGACCGGGAGCGACGAGAGUGGGAAUGGCAGAUGAAGGAGUUGCAGAGCAAACUGGAGCAGGCUCUGAGUGAAAUUUGUGAGAACGAAGAGACAGCAGAAUUCCAAGAGAAAGAAACUCGGAAAGUGAAUCUUCAGAGGGCAAAGUCAGUUUCCUCCAUGUCAGAGUUCCAGCGUUUGAUGGACAGUUCCCCUUUCCUCCCUGGUGGUCCUCAGGUACAGAUAGGCCUCGCUAAGGACGAGGCCACCCCACCACUGUCUCCAGAUGACCUGAAGUACAUUGAAGAGUUCAACAGAAAAAACUGGGGGUACACCAACAGGGAUAAUCCAACAGAAGCCUGGAUAGAAAAGACUGAAAGUGACAAAAUAGUUAGCAGCUUACCCUCGGAGCCUUUCCAAACUGCUUCAUGGUACCUCACAACAAGCACCACAAUGACAACGAACACCACGAGCAGCCAAGAUUACACUCAAAAGCAGCUUCAAUGGAGUAGCAUGAACCCAGAUAAAUUAGGAGUGAGACUUUAUCACAGCCCCCCUCUGAUCCGUAGGUUUGAUGGGUCAGCACACCCUAAUAAGGAUGGGACGAAAGUAGUUGACUCAGAUUAUGCAUUUGCUAAGAUCAAGGCAAAUGGAAAUGUCAUUGAGCCAAAAGCAGGACCACCGGAUAUAUUUGGAAGAUGGCCGUGUGACAUUGGCAAGCACCACAAAGACCUGCUGGAGGGUGGGCUGCAUCCGAUGGAGCACCCAAUCUGUAGCACUGUUGGCUUCGCUUCAUCACUGCAUGACCUGAAAAUAUCCGGCAACAUGAGUGAUGACAUGAAGGAGGUUGCUCAUUCGGUCAUCAGCCGAAUACGUUCUAACUCAAUUGAGCCCCAGUUCAAAGACAUUGCGUGUCAGACUAAUGACGAAACAAGUACAGGAACACAGACCACCCGCACCAUCAGUGUAGGUCUGCAGACGGACUGUCUAAGGGGCAUCAGCAGCAGCCCACAUAAGUGUCUGACACCAAAGGGAGGCUCAACUCCAGUGUCAUCGCCCUCGCGGAGUUUGCGAAGCAAACAAGUGGCUCCUGGAGUUGAGAAAAUGCAGGCAAAAUUUGAACGCACAUGCUGCUCCCCAAAAUAUGGCUCACCAAAGCUGCAAAGAAAGAUUUCAACAAAAUCUGAUCAGCCAAAAGAUCGGAUUUUACCCAACAACCCACAGAAGGGAUUUAAUGAAUCAGCUUGGGCAAGGUCAACGACCACCCGAGACAGUCCAGUCCACACUACCAUUAAUGAUGGCCUUUCAAGUUUGUUCAAUAUUAUAGAUCACACACCUAUAGUUUGUGAUACGUCACAGAGAUUGUCCAGGUCCGUCAGCAGGCCUAAGGCCCCAGAGCCCAGGUCAAAUUAUGUCCUGGUUCAGGAGUUUUUGAAGAGUGUCAAUGGCAGAUCACCAAGCCCUGUCUGUGUGGCCAUAGAAUCAGAGGUGGAAGGAGAUGGUGAGGAUCUCAUUGCUAAGCAGGGAGUGCCCCUUUCUCCAGGAUAUACACUUGCUGACAGCCCUGCCAGGAUCUUAAACAAACAACUCGUUGAGCAGGCUCUUAAUGAGGAACAAAAUCAAGCUAAGAACAAUCAGAAACCUGCCAAUGAUGAUACAAAGGCAGAUGAUGCAGAUGGAUCGUCCCCUGGUUCCCUUGAGGUAAUUCUGUUUCCUUACUUUGUCUGA